UCUACGGUGUUGGACUCGAGAAUUAAAGAAUUCGCCCUUGUGUGGUACAAUCGGAUUGCUAAGUCCUCGUGUUCGUGCCCUGGUAGUUGCUCCAUCUUCUCGACCUUGACAAUUUGCGGGUUUUAGAUAGGGAUGAUGGUCACAUAUCUAAGAAGAAAUCUCGAUAUCUACGUUGAAGGUAUCUAUCGAUCUGUCGUUGUCUUGUGCAUAAUCAAUAUUGUGACACAUACUAUAUGAUGUCCGCGCUAAUAAAUUUCGUCAUACUUCCAUCGGUACAACCUUGUGAGUUGUGUCACUCAAAGGACAAAAUCAAUCUUUUUUUUCUAUAUUCUUGACUACAACAGUCCAAGGCCAAGUGAAAUGUUGCAUGUUCCAGCCUAUACUUCACUUACUUAUUAAUUUAUUAUUAUCAUAUUAUUAUAUGUAAAUUUAUAGUUUCACUAAUUAAUUACCUACAAUGCAAGGAAUCUUCCUUCAAGUUGGGAACUUUAAUUGAACUUCAUAUGUUAAUGGUUCAUGUAGUACUUUCCACAGCUGGAGAGGGAGGGAGAGAGUAGUUGAUGUUGCUAGGGCAUCACAUGCAUGCAGGCUAGCUUCUAUACACUGUACAGCCACCACCCUAAAGCUAGCUAGCUACAUGCACACAGCUCCAAGCCAAGGCUGUCAAACCGGUUCUAAUCGUUACGCUGGUUUGGUAAGUGACAUGAUCUGAUCGGUUUAAUAUAUAUCAGUUUAUAUAUUGGUUUUGCUAAAAUUACGCGAGGAGAGAUAGAAAGCAUUAAUACCAAAUGAAUUAUGCACAUAUAUGAUCUAUCUUAACACAUGCAAUCUCCCUAAAAUCUACAAAGGAAGGAAAAAUCAUCAUAUUUAAACGGAACAUUUAACGUUAAAUCCAACGAGUAACAUCAACAUUCAAAUGCUCAUACUUGAAUUCUUUUUUUUUUUGUCAAUCAAUUCCACCAAAAUGACAUCAUUUGUUUAGGGACCAAAAAAUUGAUCAUUCUAGUUUGACCACCGAUUCCGAUAAUUUUUUAACCGAUUUUAAUUACUGAGGAACAACUUCAUGCCGGUAAUAUUCCAAUCAGUUUAUGUCCAAUGCCAAUCGAAUCGAGUUGUCCUGGCGGUCGACAUACCAGUGGUUUGACAACCAUGCUAGCUAGCUCCAUACAAUACUAUAUAUAUCCUCCAUACACCAUUGCUGCUUCAUCUCUCUCUCUCACUGAAAACUAAGCCUGCGUUCCAGCCCAUUAAUUUACCAUUCAAUAGUUUCAUCCAUCGACAUUAACAAAUGGCAAAUACUUCAUCGAAUAUUCGGGUGUUCUUCUUCCUCUUGAUCCUCUCGUCUGCUCAACUAUUCCGCUGCAUCCAUGGCGCCAGGCAUUUGGAGCCUGUAGCUAGACAAAGCAACAGCGCGACAAUCCUCCACAGCUCGUCGUCGCCGACGCCGUCGAAUAUUUUCGUUGCCACAAUUGCAAACAUGAGAGAUGUGAUAAAGACGGCAUUAUCAAUCCAUUAUCAUGUUCAUAUAAGGAAGCAUAUAAAAGAUGGGUUUGUGGAGGCUUUUCGACCCACCACACCUGGUCACAGUCCUGGAGUUGGUCAUUAGUUAAUUAGUUAUUAAUAUAUCAUGCGUAUUUGUAUUAUUUGCUAUUGUUAUUUUCAUGAAUAUUGUAGUGUAACCCAAUUAUUUCUAAAUUUUAUUAUUAUUUUAAAUCGCUCGGUUUAACUAUCAUGGGAUGAACCGUUGAGAUUUUGAACGAACCAAUUUCAUGGUUUGGGGCUUUGGGCUCAACUUGUUUUUAUGCAUUAUUUCCACAAAUAAAAAAUGAGUAGGUGUGGUUCUUGCCCAUUCACUGUGUUCUUUGUUUUCUGGAGUUUGAGGUACCGCUGGAAAAGAUACGUUUUUUCUAUCAUGGGAGGAAUUAUUUUGUAACGUAUAGUAGAAUAAAAUUUAUUAAGAACG